UGCGCGGCGGGCCGGGCGAGAGCGUAGUGGAGGAGGCGCGGUUGUGAGUAGUGCCGGGAGUGGGGUGAUCCCGGGCUAGGGGAGCGCGGCGGCCGCGAUCGGGCUUAGUCAGAGCUCCGAAGGGAGUGACUAGGGGACCCGGGUGGGCUAGUUUUUUCCCGGUGCUUUUGCUUUUUCUUGCCUUGGGCUCGGGCUGGGUGUCGCCCACUGAGCAAAGAUCCCCUCGUAAAACCCAGAGCGACCUUCCCGUCAAUUGUUGGGCUCGAGAGCGUCGCGGUGCCCCGAGCGCGCCGGGCGCGGAGGCAAAGGGAGCGGAGCCGGCCGCGGACGGGGCCCGGAGCUUGCCUGCCUCCCUCGCUCGCCCCAGCGGAUCCGCUCGCGCAGGGCGCAGGGCGCGCGCGAUGAAGGCGGUGAGCCCAGUGCGCCCCUCGGGCCGCAAGGCGCCGUCGGGCUGCGGCGGCGGGGAGCUGGCGCUGCGCUGCCUGGCCGAGCACGGCCACAGCCUGGGUGGCUCGGCAGCCGCAGCGGCGGCGGCGGCGGCAGCGCGCUGUAAGGCGGCCGAGGCGGCGGCCGACGAGCCGGCGCUGUGCCUGCAGUGCGAUAUGAACGACUGCUAUAGCCGCCUGCGGAGGCUGGUGCCCACCAUCCCGCCCAACAAGAAAGUCAGCAAAGUGGAGAUCCUGCAGCACGUUAUCGACUACAUCCUGGACCUGCAGCUGGCGCUGGAGACGCACCCGGCCCUGCUGAGGCAGCCACCACCGCCCGCGCCGCCACACCACCCGGCCGGGACCUGUCCAGCCGCGCCGCCGCGGACCCCGCUCACUGCGCUCAACACCGACCCGGCCGGCGCGGUGAACAAGCAGGGCGACAGCAUUCUGUGCCGCUGAGCCGCGCUGUCCAGGUGUGCGGCCGCCUGAGCCCGAGCCAGGAGCACUAGAGAGGGAGGGGGAAGAGCAGAAGUUAGAGAAAAAAAGCCACCGGAGGAAAGGAAAAAACAUCGGCCAACCUAGAAACGUUUUCAUUCGUCAUUCCAAGAGAGGGAGAGGAAAGAAAAAUACAACUUUCAUCCUUUCUUUGCACGUUCAUAAACAUUCUACAUACGUAUUCUCUUUUGUCUCUUCAUUUAUAACUGCUGUGAAUUGUACAUUUCUGUGUUUUUUGGGGGUGCAGUUAAACUUUUAAGCUUAAGUGUGACAGGACUGAUAAAUAGAAGAUCAAGAGUAGAUCCGACUUUAGAAGCCUACUUUGUGACCAAGGAGCUCAAUUUUUGUUUUGAAGCUUUACUAAUCUACCAGAGCUUUGUAGAUUUUUUUUUUUACAUCUAUUGUUUAAAAUAGAUGAUUAUAACGGGGCAGAGAACUUUCUUUUCUCUGCAAGAAUGUUACAUAUUGUAUAGAUAAAUGAGUGACAUUUCAUACCAUGUAUAUAUAGAGAUGUUCUAUAAGUGUGAGAAAGUAUAUGCUUUAAUAGACUACUGUAAUUAUAAGAUAUUUUUAAUUAAAUAUUUUUUUGUAAAUAUUAUGUGUGUGUUUUUUUUUAAUCUAUGGGAAUAUUUCUUUUGGAAAAUUAUUUUUCAGCUCAAUUACAGAGCUCUUGAUAUCUUGAAUGUCUUUUCUGUUUGGCCUGGCUCUUAAUUUGCUUUUGUUUUGCCCAGUAUAGACUCGGAAGUAACAGUUAUAGCUAGUGGUCUUGCAUGAUUGCAUGAGAUGUUUAAUCACAAAUUAAACUUGUUCUGAGUCCAUUCAAAUGUGUUUUUUUAAAUGUAGAUUGAAACCUUUGUAUUUGAAGCAUACAUGUUGAAAAUAUACCUUAUCAGUUUUUAAGUACAGGGUUUUAUAGUGUAAUAUAUACAGAGUAAGUGUUUGUUUUUGUUUUUCAACUGAGGUCAAAAUGGAUUCUGAAUGAUUUUGCAUAUGGGAUGAGGAAAUGCUUGGAUCCUUAAGGAGUUUACGAAAUCUGCUGUUUUAUCAAAGUGAAAAAAAAUUGCUUAUCACUCUUCAUUUUACAUUAAGCUGAAUGUCACUAAGUUUCAUGUCUGUACAGAUUAUUUAAAUCAUGGAAAUGAAAAAAUGUUCUCUGCUUGCUACCAAAGGACAAACUCUUGGAAAUGAACACUUUCUGCUUUCCUUCCUCCAAAGAAUUAAUAGACAACAGUGGGAGAAAAAAAGGCAUAAUGGCAAAUCCUUCAAGCAGGGAUAAAAGUCGAUCUUCAAACAUUAACUUAAGCAGACCAAAAAUUCUGAUGACCGCAUCUAGAUUAUUUUUUUAUAAAAAUGCUUUUCACUAUAGCUAUGUUAGUUACGCUAAGCUACUGUCCAAUCUCUUGUGAUGUGUAACUUUUACAUGUGAAUAUUAAAGUAGAUUUCUCUGUCUUGUA